CAAAGCGCACAUUUGAGGAAUGACAGUCACUUUGAAAAAGAUCUGCAGAGCAGGAUUCCUGUCUUCUUUCAUUCUUAUCUCAUACAUUGCAAUGACAUCUUCAAUUACUCUUGAUUUAACUGAGCUGAGAAAUAGAAUUUCAAAGGUCAAGGUGGCUCCAAGAGGCAAUCUGUGGGCAACAGGGCAUUUCAUGGGCAAGAAAAGUGUUGUAGAUAGUUCAUUCAUGAAGUCUGCGUUAGAAGAUGUAAACGUUCCCACUGAAGUCAGAGCUGUUAGUCCUCUGUACCGAGUGGAAGACCUGCAGGCACUGCUCUUUCAGACACUGAAAAGUGACACACAACGGAAAAAGGCUUUGGACAUGUAGAGGAGGAGGGGAUCAUGCUUGAAGGACACUUCAACCAACAUUAUCAUAUAAAAUCCUAUUGAUGAAGAGAAUAGUUUUUGAAAUCUUGUGUUUUCUUUUUGGUUUGAACAUAAAUAUUAAAAAAUGUGAUUUGUACAUGACAGUUUGAUGCCAAGCUGCACUGCUUUGUUCUUAGUUAGUUAUUGGAAACAGUGAUGUACAUGUAU